AUUGCCAAUUAAUACAUGUUUUAGUUUGGGAAACUUACUGAACUUACAAUAUAUCUAAUUUGAUCAAUAAAAUAUUAUUUGAAACAACAUGCAGUUUAUCCUACGCGGCUUUUUAUAUUCCCAGCCCAUUUGUUGCUUGCUUAAUGCGUUCAUACCCAUGCAACCUGAGGAGGGCAGCAAUACGCAGCUGUAACCAGGCUACUGCACAUUUUAAAGGAAGAAGACAUAUUUGUCGCUCAGAAAAAAACGUCACAGAACAUGUGUUUGUUUCCAGCAUGGCGACCUUCAUAUCCCAUGCUGUGGAUAUAGCUGAAGUGUAUGUCUUGUACCUGGCUGUAUUAAGAUAUGAACUGUACUGCACUCACGGCCGAGGUGUAAUUCUUUAAGGGAAGCAUCGUUUCUGUCUAUGCAUUUAUCUAUAGAUAUAGUAGUAGAUGGGUAGUUUUUUUCAAGUCAGCAUCUUAUGGACUACAGUGUCAGGACUUUUUGUGCAAGGAACCAUUGAAAAGGCUCAUCACCCGUUACCACUUUACGUUGAGUAAGCUAGUUAAACUUCCAUUACACCUUGCACUCAUGUCUGUAAACGUGCCGAUGGGAGCGUCCCUCUUAAUGCAAAGAGUGGUGCGGACAUGCACAACCAAUAUAGCCCAGCAGAGAUGCAGACCACUACAUUCCAAAGUCGAAUUCUCUAAAUGGACGUUGAAUACAAGAACAUUUGGGACGAGUCCUGUAUGGGCGAAUAACAAUGGGAGCAACAAAAACACCUCUGAUCCGUCUUUGCCAAACCUUAUACAGACUUCCAGACCAGGGUCACAGUUCGGGAGGAGGCGACCUCUAUCGCCACUAGAGAGGAUAAGCCAGCUGUUGCCCCAAGAUGCAUUGAGCUCUGAAGUUGCGCAGCUGAGAGAGCACAAACAGGAUGAAGAUGAGAAACCCACUGAAAUGUGUCCUCAGGAAGAUUGUAACAUAUUGGACGAUUUUGUUACAGAUGCCCAGAGGGCAAACGGCGGGGAUGAAAGUACAGAGACACAAAUCGAAGACAGAUUAGGAAUGAAACAGGAACCGCCCACCAAGUACAAUGUAGCAGAACCGAUUAGUUUGGAGUUUCCAGAAAAUGAGACGUGUUCAGGUCAUUUGGGAUUCUCAGCAUCCCCCCUGCCUGGGGAGCGUUCGAUGACUUUUGGCGAGGCGCUUAUAGCGGAGUAUCGUAAGAAGGGGCGGGUGGAGUUCAGGAAGAUGUUCCAGCUUCAGAACGGUGUGCGUCUGCAGAGCAGCUGGGGAACCAUUGCCCACAAUGAGCUCAUGGGUUGCCCCUCCGGCAUGUACAAACGCACCACGCUUGGGAUACCUAUCCUCAUACGCCGGCCCAGUCUGGAGGAAUUUGUGCUGAACAUGCGGAGAGGACCUGCUAUUGCCUACCCGAAGGAUGCUAGCGAAAUGCUGAUGAUGAUGGACGUCUCAGAGGGAGACUGUGUGUUGGAGUCAGGCUCUGGGUCUGGUGCCAUGUCUCUCUUCCUGUCGAGAGCCGUGGGGUCCAAGGGUAGUGUGGUAAGUGUUGAGAUCAGGGAGGACCACCAUAAAAGAGCCGUUCUUAACUACAAGCGCUGGCGAACAUCCUGGAUGCAGAGCAGGGGGGAGGAGUGGCCUGAUAACGUCCACUUCUACAACACUGACCUCCAGGCGGCCUCUUCUCUUCUUGCUGGACGGGGAUUUCACUCUAUUGCUCUGGAUAUAAUAAGUCCACAAAUAGUUUUACCCACUGUGACUCCCCACCUCCAUUCUGGGGCUGUGUGCGCUGUCUACCUUGCCAAUAUAACACAGGUUAUCGAUUUGCUGGAGGGUGUAAGAUGCUCAGCUCUCCCCCUCCUGUGUGAGCGCAUCAUCGAGGUGCAGGUCAGAGAUUGGCUGUUGGCCCCCGCCAUCCAGAAAGAUGGCCAGUUUUGCACCAGGAAAGCUCCUCCUCCACUUGCAGGACAGGAGAAAAAGGGAGAGAGGUCGGAUGAAGAAAAUGAAGAGAUGGGUGAUACAAAAAAUCCACCAUUUGGAAGUAUUCCCUACAUUGCCCGACCACACCCAGAACAAACUAGCCACACAGCAUUCCUCGUGAAACUCAGGAAGUGUGAGAAGUAGGUAUUCUACCUGUGAGGACCGUCACUGAAGAAUUUUAUUGCAAAAUAAUUGUAUGUAUACUAGUCUACUAGUAGAGUAUUUCUAUAUUAAAAUGUAUAUUUACU